AUAUGUUGUCACUGAAUUGAUGCAGAGUGACCUCCAUAAGAUUAUCGUCUCUCCUCAGCCACUCAGCUCGGAUCAUGUCAAAGUUUUUCUUUACCAGAUUUUAAGAGGUCUGAAAUAUCUACAUUCUGCUGGCAUUUUACAUCGAGACAUUAAACCAGGGAACCUACUUGUGAACAGCAACUGUGUUCUUAAGAUUUGUGAUUUUGGAUUGGCCAGGGUGGAAGAAUUAGAUGAAUCUCGUCACAUGACUCAGGAAGUUGUCACUCAGUAUUAUCGAGCUCCAGAAAUCCUGAUGGGCAGCCGUCACUACAGCAAUGCUAUUGACAUCUGGUCUGUAGGCUGCAUCUUUGCAGAAUUACUUGGGCGAAGAAUAUUGUUUCAGGCACAGAGUCCCAUACAGCAGUUGGAUCUGAUCACAGACCUGUUGGGAACCCCGUCGCUGGAAGCAAUGAGGACGGCUUGCGAAGGCGCCAAGGCACACAUACUCAGGGGUCCCCACAAACAG